AUGCGAGCAUGGGUUCUCGUCGCCUUUCUACGCAGGACAACCCUUCAGCUACCACGACUCGUUCGUCGACAGCACACCCGUCGCUCUUCACAAGCUAGCUUUCACGGCUUCGACUCGGUCGAUAGUGCGCCUCGGGUUCUGGUUUGCCAACCUCAGCUCGUGCUACUCGGCACCGGAGGCGCACCCGCAGGGAUAUGGAACCCACAAAUGGAUGUCCAGCACGGCGUCUGUGAGCUCCUGAGACGAGUUGUCACCCCCGAGAUGCCGUAUUCGUUUGAGUACGGGCGUUACGACUUUCUCAGCUACCCUUCGUCCUAUGGUAUAUCGCUCCCCGUGUCUAUGACCAUGGAACGAGUAGACUUGGACACCUUGAGCUUCUACCUCCGACCGCCGGUCCCCGCUGCGCGUCCGCGCUUAGUACAAGUUGCCGGCCGCGCCCACCGCCAUAACGAGAGCAACAUGUCUGUCGGCUCUAUGGUACCUCCUGCGUCAGCUUGUACAACUACAGCUCCGGCAUUCAUACCCGCCACACGCAUCGAUUACGUCUCCAGCAUUGGCUCGUCGGGACAUCGUUUCGCAUUCAGUCUAGGCGCCCGCGCUUGCCACCGUGCCGAGCACUCCAUUGACUCGCUCAUGAGCGACUUUGCGGCGAUACGCGGCACACACACCAGUCUUUUGGACGAUAAGAUGCUUGAGAGCGCCCAAGGCAUAUCUCGGCCAGAGCGUUGUCACCCUGCGUCCCGGCGCAUGUGGCAUGGCACGCCCUUCUCGGUCUACGCCGUACAAUCGUUCGAUCCGCCCGCCCACAUUCCUGGCAUGCGUGCUAUACUCGAGCACUCGCAGCAGAGUCACGGCCCGCUCCCGUCCGAUAUCCGUGCUUGGCAUAUGCGCCACGAUAGCGUACGAGGCGGCGACGAGAGUUGCGAUACACGCGGCAACACACGUGUGCGCGUCAAUCAAACACGUGGCUCGGGCCGCCGCGUCACCGCGCUUUCGCGUCCCCCUCUUAGUCUCCUUCGCAGCCUUUAUCACUUGAUAAAUCCCCCUCCCUCGUCCUCGCGGGGUCUCCAUAUUCGGGUACCGUUGGAUAGCUUUGCUCAGCAGCUACGCGUACGUGCUGUUGAAACGGCCAAUGGGAUGAGAGGGCGGUGGACGGAGGCUCAGAACUUCAGCGCUACAGAAAAGAGAUGGGAAUAA